GGUUGCUACAUACGCUCUCGCCAACUUCAAGGCAUUGCAAUCUGAGAAUGCGACGAGUGAGGUGUUAUAUUGCGAGAAAAUUAUAUUUCAUAAUUACAGUAAUGACAAUACAUCAAUUGCAUGUUAAUUAAUAGAAAAAAUUAAAUCGUAUAUUUUAGUGCGAUUCUCAUUCAAAAGUAGUGUUAUCGUUUCAACAGAGUAAUAUUUAAAAUGGAGAUAGAUAAUUCCGACAAUGAUACGUCGGAUGAAGAAGAUCUUUCCUUUGGCAAGAAAGAAGACAUCAUUACAAUAUUGAAUGAUUUCUUCAAAUAUGGACCUCGAGAUCUUCCUCUUAACAUUUUCUCAGAUAUAUCUACAGAAGAUUGCCAUUCUACAAUGGAUUCUGCAAUUAAAUUGGCAGGGAAUGCUAUUAAGAACAAACCUACAUUAGUCAAUUGGCUACAUAGUGAUUUAUUCAAGAAAAACGAAUGUAACGUACCAUUAGCAUUGUUAUUAAUCUCAUUCUAUGAACAGCAUCCGUCGUCUGAUCAGGAAAAUGCAGAAUGCAACUUUAGGGAAAUAUAUAGAUUUCUUUACCAAGUCAUGACGAAUCAACCAAUUCCAUGUCUCUCGAAUGGCUCUGCAAAAGUUUUAUACAAACUAUUAUCAGAUGUAAUAGAAGAAGUAUGGCCAAGUACACAACUGGAUAUCCUUAAUUAUUUAAGUGCAGUGCAUAUCUACAGCAGAUCAGCAGUCAGGAGAACAUAUUAAAAAAAUUAAUUUCUGCUAAUUUUUGUAUAUUAAUCCUUAGAAGAUAUCUGUUUUAGGAUCUUUUAAUUUAAAAAAUAAAUUACAAUUUUUCUCUAUA